AUGCUAAAAUAUAUCGUCUAUCUGUUGCUUCCCAGCUUGGUAUUUAGCUAUCAAAUUUCCAAAAAUGAAGAUGUUUCAUCAUCAUCAAAUCUAACCACAAAAUAUCAAGGUAAAACCGCUGUUUAUUGGGGUCAAGCAUCUGCUAAACAACAAAAUCCAUUACGUUAUUAUUGUGAUUCAGAUUCAGUUGAUAUAUUUCUUGUUUCAUUUUUAAAUGAUUUCCCAAAUUCUAAAAAGAGUAAAUAUGGUUAUGAAUUGAAUUUAGCAAAUGAAUGUAAUUACCAUGAAGCAAAUGAUCAAUCCAAAACAGUACCCAAUUGUACCACAGUUGGAGUUGAUAUCAAAUAUUGUCAAAGUUUAAAUAAGACUGUUUUAUUAUCACUUGGUGGUGAACAAGGUGAUUAUGGAUUUAAUUCAGAAAGAGAAGCUUAUGAUUUUGCGAAAAUAUUGUGGAAUUCAUUUGCUUCAAGAAAUGAUCCAAAUUUUCCCUUGAGUGAUAGACCAUUUGGUAAUGCAACUAUAGAUGGAUUUGAUUUUGAUUUAGAAAAUGAAGAUCAAACAGGAUUAGUUACAUUAGCUAAAGAAUUGAAGAAAUAUGCAUCACAAGAUGAUUCAAAAGAAUAUUUAUUCACUGCAGCUCCACAAUGUACAUUCCCAGAUGUUAGUAUGAAUGAAUUGAUUGAACAAGUUGAAUUAGAUCAUUUAUUUGUUCAAUUUUAUAAUAAUGAAUGUAAUUUAAAUAAAGAUUUUAAUUUUGAUAUUUGGUCAAAACAUAUUGAAUCAUUAAAUUAUAAACAUACAGAUAUUUUCAUUGGAUUACCUGCAAAUUCUAAAUCUGCACAAAUGGGAUUUGCUAAUAAAGAAACUAUAUUAACCAAAAUGCAAGAAGUUUGGUCAGAUGAAGAAUUAAAGACAAAAUUUGGUGGUGUCAUGUUUUGGGAUGCCUCCCAGGGGUUUGGAUAUGGUGAUGUUAAUACAUUUGAUACAAAUUUAAUUACGGAAGUUGCAUCAUAUAUUGAUCGUGAAGCUAAUAAUAAUAAAAAAGAUGGUGAUAGUGGAGUUACAGUUAGUGAAACAAUCAAUACCAAUAGUUCAAUUAUACUAAAAGAUGCAAAUGAUUCAAACUCACAAUUUAUUGAUAAAGUUGAUAUAGCUUUCCUUAUUGUGGCAUUUUUAUUUAGUACAUGGUUAAUUACAGGGUCUUGA